AAGUUGGGUACGUGGGCCCAGUCUGUCACUACCUUUACGAUGUUUUUGCUCUGUGGGACUUUAGUACUAUUUUUUUCGUUCGGUCCGACUUCCGUUGCUCUAUGGUGCCGGGCUCCGGCUUUUUUCUUUCAUUCAGAUUCAGCUCAGCAGCCAGUUUCAAAACAAAACAAAAUAACAAUAUAAAAUGAAAACUUGUUAUGUUUGGAGCCAAGAUUUGAUUAAUCAUUGUAAUCGCUUGCCAGCCGUUCCUCGGCGUGCUGAAUUGGUGCACAGCCUUAUAGGCGCUUACGGAUUGUUAAAACAUGUCCAGGUUGUCAAUUCAAAACCGGCAUCUUAUGAAGAUUUGAAAGAUUUUCACUCAGAACUAUACUUGGAUCACUUGAAGACGAUACAAGAUGUAGACGAUGAGUAUGAGACCACUCCUCAAGAUGAGGAGUACGGACUUGGGUAUGACUGCCCUCCCAUCUCACACAUGUUUGAGUUAGUUUCCCAGCUGGCGGGAGGCUCCAUCACCGCAGCCCGGUGCUUGACCCUGGGGCUGUGCAGUGUCGCCAUCAACUGGUGUGGAGGGUGGCAUCAUGCCGGCAGGUUUGGAGCUGAAGGCUUCUGUUAUGUCAAUGACAUUGUUCUAGCCAUAGGAGUGUUGAGGAAGAAAUUUUCGAAAGUCCUGUACAUUGACUUAGAUGUACAUCAUGGAAAUGGUGUAGAAGAUGCAUUCAACUUGAGCAAAACAGUGUUCACCUUGUCCUUUCACAAGCACGAGCCCGGGUUCUAUCCCGGGACAGGCUCAGUGGAAGACGUAGGGAGUCUGGUGGGCAAGGGGUACUGUUGCAAUGUGCCUUUGCAAGCUCAUUACUCUGACGAGACCUUUGUAUAUGUUUUUGAAAGAACACUUGACGCAGUGUGCAGUCACUUCGCCCCGGACGCGGUGGUGAUGCAGUGCGGCGCGGACGCCCUCGCCAGGGACCCGCACGGCGGCGCCAACCUCACGGAGCUGGCCUACUGCCGCUGUGUGGCGCUGGUGCUGGAGAGAGGGCAGCCGACGCUGCUGCUUGGAGGAGGCGGCUACAACCACACCAAUACAGCUCGUCUAUGGACGUGCAUCACAUCUAGAGUCCUCAACAGAAGCCUGUCCGAAGAUAUCCCCGAGCACGAUGACUUUGACGAGUAUGCGCCUGAAUACACUCUGCCGAUGAAGAAAACCUUAAUCAAAGACCCGAAUCAGAAGAGUUAUUUAGACGAUAUCAUCGGAAGAAUUAAAGACAAUUUGACUCAGUACAUAGGACCGCUGCCGCCGCCGUCGCCACAAGUUCCACAAUCUACCAAAACGAGGACAUGAACCAAAAAUCUAGAAAAGAUACAGGACAGGACUGAAAUUAUUGGAAAUGAAGGAGAAAGAAUACGGUUAUAUUUGCUCCGACGUCGUUCGAGAGUGGUAAAAUUUAUCUACCACCCAGCUAGAGCCCCACUGCCAUGCAGUUAGUCAGCUGCAAACGUUGCAUUAAGAUGAAUAUAGGAUGACUGCGCCGAUUUGAGUGAUGCCACUACCCGCCACCAGUUAUAUUUUUGAAUACUAUUAGGACUUAGUGAUUGUCUAGUUUUGUACAAGUGAUAUUUCAUGAGAAUGCUGCUAAUGAAUUAGAAUUUUAUACUUUUAUAGUACAAAUUAAAAUACUUAAAUUCUUUUUAGGAGUUAUUAUUUAUACUACAUACUUUCAAUGAAAAAAUACAUAAUUCGGAAAAAUAUUUAUUUAUACGUUCUUAGGGAACUAAGCAUACCUAAGUGAAAAAUUUAAAAGCCAUCUAAGUACAGUCACGAUACUCAAGAUCAAGAAUCACAAGGGCUUGUUUAGUAAAUGGAAUUGAUUAUAAAUAAAAAAGACACAUACUACAUACUAUGAAAAUAAAACCACCGCCAAAAAAUAAAAACAAUGAUGGUAUGUAUCGUGGAGGUACUUCAGAGAUAAUAACUGGGUAUUACCCGUGCAGAUAAAGAAACAAUAUUAUAAUAUCGGCCGAGAAAAUGGCCAAGAACUAGGUAUUUGCGAGUGGUUAGUGAAAAAUGUGAUGCUGUAAGUGGUCAUGCAAA